GGAUGAUAAAUCCCUCCUUAAUCCCUCUUUAGUGAUUUCUCUCACAGAUGGAGAAGUCGUCGACGGCGUCGUCGUCGUCGUCGUCGGAUCCGCUGGCGGUGGGGCGGGUGGUCGGGGAAGUCAUCGACGCGUUCAAGGGCGCCGUAGAGAUGACCGUCACUUACAGCGACAACAAGAAGAGGGUGGCGGUGCUCAACGGCCGGGAAUUGUCUCCGUCCGCCGUCGCAGCCCGGCCGAGGGUCGGCGUCCAUGGCGGAGGCGACAUGCGGUCCUUCUUCACACUGGUUAUGACGGAUCCAGAUGUGCCCGGGCCAAGCGAUCCAUUCCUCAGGGAACAUGUUCACUGGAUUGUGACCAACAUUCCUGGAACGACUGAUGUUUCAUUCGGGAAGGAGGUGGUGGCGUACGAGAGCCCGCGGCCGGUCAUCGGCAUCCACCGCUUCGUUUUCGUCCUCUUCCAGCAGAAGCGCCGCCAAUCGUCCUCGUCUACCGCGGCUCCCGCCUCCAGGGACAGGUUCUGCACCCGCCGGUUCGCGCAGGAUAACGACCUCGGGCUCCCUGUCGCCGCCGUCUACUUCGUCGCCCAGCGCGAGACCGCCGCCCGCCGCCGCUAGCUCAGCCGCCGCCGCCACCGCCACCGCCUUCUUUUAAUUUCAACUAUUGUAAUUAGUUCGGCAUUAAAUGCUAAUUAAUUAAUAAAGUUUUACUUUAUAAAA